UCCGGCAUAAAUUUCCAUUCUUCUCCACCCGCGCGCUCCCCGUAAUGGAUGAUAUCCGGGCCGCGGAAACAUUGAUUGGAUGGGGAAAUUUGCAUCCGCGCGGAGCCGCGCCAGCCGCUUUAAUUGAAGAGCAGGCUGCCGCUCUGGUACUGCUGACGCUCUGGCAGCCUGUUGAGGAUCUCGCUGAAUAACGUCCCCGGAAAACUCGCAGUUGCGUUACGUAAGGAUUCUUGAGGAGCCGCCACUGUUUUCUCACCUGGUAGCGCUGGAUCAGACUUACCGCCAGACAGGGAGGUAGGUCAGGCCUGUUUGCUGUAACCCUGCUAAAGGUCACCCCUGUAAGCACCAGUUGACCGUCCCACACCCGCGCAGCCCCAGAUGUUGUAGGACGCGGCACGGACAGGACGCACCUCAGGUGGCUGCCGGAAACAACACUCCGGAAAACAACCGUUGGAGAUUGUUGGGUACCCAGCGUUGGAAGCAUCCCUUUACCUGGGACGGGCUGCGUGAGUACUGGAAAUUGACAGGGUAUCCGUUUUUGAGGGGGAAAUCGGGAUUCAGAAUAAAAAACAUCCCUGACGGGUUUUAUUCUUACGGUUGGACACUUUAACGCCAAAACACAAAAGUCACGACCGCGUCACUGGCUGGGAUAACUCUUGAAGGCUCCGAGCAACCGCACCAAACUCGGCCGCCCACAGACCGUCCGAGCCGCGGGAUUUCUGUCCCACGCACCGCGGCAUCACCGCUCGGCUGUGAGUUCACACCGUAGUAGCCGCCCUACUCUGUAGCCUAGCAGAGUCUGCAACUUCUGUUCGGGUCUGCCCGGAUCCAGGCUAGCUGACGAUGACGGAACGCUGCCCAGGAUGGCUGCUUACCGGUCCUGGCUCCUGUCCGUCCUGAUUGCAGCACUUGUGGAAGCCGGACGUGCCGCCGAGUCCGAGGAGAGGCUGGUCGCCAUGCUGUUCAACACGUCCCGCUACAACCCGCUCAUCCGCCCCGCGCGCACCGUCAACGAGGUCAUCACCGUCAACUUCCGGCUCAGCAUCUCACAGCUAAUCAGCGUGAAUGAAAAGGACCAAGUGAUGAAAACGAAUGUAUGGCUAAAUCAGGACUGGAUUGACUACCGUCUCGUCUGGAAUCCCGAGGACUACGACAACAUCGAGAUUAUCCGGGUUCCAUCCGAGAUCACGUGGAAACCAGACCUGGUUCUCUUUAACAAUGCGGAUGGACAGUACGACGUUCAGCUGAAAACCAAGGCUCUCAUCGCUAACACAGGCCAAGUGUAUUGGCUGCCCCCUGCCAUCUACCAGAGUGCAUGCUCCAUCGAGGUGCGUUACUUCCCGUUCGACAGGCAGAACUGCACCAUGAAGUUUGGGUCCUGGACAUACGACUCCUCCGAGGUCAACAUCGAGCUCAUAGACCACGAGGUGGUCAUGGACGACUUCAAACAGAACGGCGAGUGGGACAUCCUGCGGUCCCCUAACAGGAAGGUGGUCAGCGGCUCCGAGAUGUUUGUUAUGUUCGACUUCAUCAUCCAAAGGAAACCCCUGUUCUACACCAUCAACCUGAUCAUCCCGUGUAUUCUCAUCACGUCCCUGUCGGUGCUGGUGUUCUACCUGCCGUCCGACUGUGGGGAGAAGAUCACACUCAGCAUCUCCGUGCUGCUGGCCCUGACUGUGUUCCUGCUGCUGAUCGCCGACAUCAUCCCGCCGACUUCUCUGGACAUCCCGCUCAUCGGUAAAUAUCUCAUGUUCACCAUGAUCUUCGUGACUUUCACCAUCGUCACCACAGUGUACAUACUAAACGUGCACCACCGGUCAGCCAGCACCCACACCAUGCCGCCCUGGGUAAGAACACUCUUCUUGGACAAACUGCCCAAACUCUUGUUCAUGAAGCGGCUGGACCAGAUGAAUGAUGAGGACGGGGAUUCCGAUAAAGGCUGUAAACACCUGAAGGCGUUCGGGCGCGACCCUGUGGACGUGGUGCACAUGAAGCAAAGGAAUGCCAUGUUGUACGAGACACAGUGCCGGAAGUACGCUCUCAAGGUCUCGGACGUUUCCGGGAGUCAGACUCUGUCGGAGAACAUUUCCCUCCAGCUGUCUCCGGAAAUGAGGAGAGCGGUCAGCAACGUCAAGUUUAUCGCGGAAUACUUCAAGAUGCAGGACGCCAAUGACGCGGUGAACGAGGACUGGAAGUACGUUGCCAUGGUGAUAGACCGGAUCUGCCUGUGGCUGUUCUUGUCCGUCUGUGUCAUUGGAACCCUGGGAUUGUUCCUGCAGCCGCUCUUCAUAUCAGACGACGACAUCGUCUGAAAUACAACUGAUGACAGUCGUCCGGCACUCUAGAGCGCACGCGCAGAACGGACACACAUCCCUUGCACAAGUGUGGCUGAGAAUCUGGCAAUGCCAACCGGAAGCAUCCAAAUUGUACAAAAUAAGGCCUGUCCAAACGGAGGCCUCCGAACUGUGUAGAUCCGGUAUUUCCAAACCGAAGCCUGGUAAAACCCGGCAUGUCCAACGGAAAUCCUCCGGGCUGCAUCAGUCAGUCAGUUGAAGUGGCCUGCCGUCCCAAUGGUAAUGACUUUGGGAGCGAAUCCUUACCUUUGCUAGACGUGUCGUGUGGAUGUGGUGAUUAAUUAAUUAGUUGAUCGGUAAGUCCAUGAUCGGUAAAGUUUCGCCGUUGGUUGAAAAAGCUUGCCCUGUAUACCGUUACACUGUCUACCAUCUAGCAAUACUAUAACAACCACAGGGGACCUCUAUUUUCAUUGUACACCAUUUUGGUGACUGUUUUGUACAGAUCGCAGUGUCUAAGCCGAAAUUUCCACCGAGCUGCCCCUCUAGGAGAAUCUGUUUACUGCACUCUUGUGUUAACGUUCUGUCUGCUUUGAGCGUCAUACACGCGAGCUAGGCCCGACACUAUGUGCAGCUGUAAGACUGAUAGGUACUAGUUCUGGACAAAGAGCGGUGAAGAGCGUGGACUUUAUAUGUACAUUGACAGUGUACAAACACAAUGUAACUAAGAACAGAGAAGCGAACCAUAGAUGUGUAUAAUAAGUACAGUUCCGAUUGUUUACCAUGGCUCCUCAUCUUCCUACUUACCAAGGGCUAUUAUGUAAACCUCAGUGAGCGUUUGCCCGACCCGGCUCCCCCCUAAGUCUGUCAUGUAACGUAUUGUAUAGUAACGAUUGUUUUGGAUGAAACAGGCACCAAGAAAUAUUAUGUAAAAUAACCAUCCUGUUGGAUUAAAUGUUGUCUUCUAAAGUAAUGCAUUCGAGUUACCUCUCGUGUCGAAGUCAUGUUUAGAUUGAUUAUAUUCAUUUUAUUGACACAGUUUAAGUUUUAACUUUAACCGAGCAUGAAUCCAUCUGGGUGCUUUUGGAAAGGGAAUGUCACACCAGCCGCAUCUCGCAAAAUUCAAUAAACAAAUUUUCACUGAUGCCUAAAGCAACGUUGUAUUGAUAAUAGAUACCUUUGUGGUGUCCAUUGGUGGCUGCAGCCCAAACAGAAAUACAUAAAAACAUAUCCUUCAGUUAAACUGAUUCUGCAUGUCUACCAUGCAAUAG